GUCUUGCCUCUUGUCUUCCAGAGAAGAUCUUUGAUUCCGCGCCGGACUCUAUUCAGCGCCGGACCUCUGCAGCUCCCGGUCAAGUUCGGUGCGUGAAGAUGCUCCGCGGGGCCGGACCCGGAAGCGCCGGGAGACGCGCCGCUCCAUAAGAAGUGGAGGAUUUUCGGAGGAUCCUGCGCAGAAGCCCGUCCUCGAAUGAUGGGGAUAAAGCACCUCCUGCUGCUCCUGAUCUACCUAGACCCGCUGAACGCGCUGAGCGCCUCCUCCUCCUCCAGCAAGAAGCCCAAGAGCCCGCCGAGGAGGAACCAGCGGGUGAAGGAGGUCAACGCCAGCAGCACGGCGGCGCCCGCGGCCGCCCUGGGGCGGGUCACCCAGCUGCAGGCGCCCCCGGUCGGCCAGCACGACACCUGCAUGGGCUACUACGACGUGAGCGGCCAGUACGACAAAGAGUUCGCGUGCAACAACACGGACCACCGCUUCUGCUGCGGCAGCUGCUUCCUGCGCUUCUGCUGCGCGGACCGCGGGAAGCGGCUGGAGCAGAAGAGCUGCACCAACUACAACACCCCCGGAUGGAUCAAGACGCAGCCGCCCUCCCCGGCGCCCACCGGGGACACCUACGACCCGGAGCUGGACCAGACCAACACCACGGUCUACAUCAUGUGCGGCGUCAUCGCGCUCAUCAUCGCCAUCGGGAUUUCGGUCAAAGUGGCGUACGACAAAGCCACCAAGCCGCCGCAGGAGAUGAACGUGCACAGAGCGUUGGCCGAUAUUCUGAGGCAACAAGGACCUGUUCCCAUAAACCAGUACGAACACGAAGACAUGGCGGAGAUGGAUGGGUCCCCCAAAGACGAGACUCCGGUCAGGACCUCCAAGAACCACUACACGCCCGUUCACACCAUGGCAUCAAACCACGGUCAUUACGGCAAAGACACUUUACGCCCUGGAGGCCCAGACAUGCACAACUUCAUCUCGUCUGGCUUUGUGACUCUGGGCCGUGGCCACCUCAAAGCGCAGCAAUCCAUAGACGAGUCGGGCCCCAUGUCCUGGCAGGGCGAUCUGGACCUCCCCAUGUCCUACGGAAACCAUCAGCAUGACUACCAGCACAGCCACCUGGACCUGACCGUGCUCACUCCUAAACUGGAAAGACCUCAGCGGAUGAACAACAUCCUGACCUCAGCGACGGAGCCCUACGACCUGUCCCUGUCCAGAUCCUUCCAGAACCUGAACCAUCUGGCACCGUCCUACGAGCUCACCCUGAAGCCCGAUUUAGGUGACAAAGAUGUCGACGGUUACUACCCCAGAAAGCAUCACCACGGUGACAGCGGGGGCCGGGGCCCCACCCACAUGGUGAAGCUGAACGCAGAGCCCCACCAGCAUCAGCAGCGGCAGCGUCCCCGCCGGGUCCAGCGGGCCAUGUCCCAGGAUCACGUUCUGUCCCCUCCCAGGACGCCGCGGCGCGGAGACUACGGCUUAUCGUCCUACGGCGCCAUGGCGGCCGCCGCCUACGGAAGCAGCCGCAACCUCUCCAACGAGCAGCUGCUGUCCGCGGACCGCCUGCACUCCCAGGAUCCUUUGCUGCUGUCGCCAGCAAUGAGGCGCGACAAGUUCCGGGAGAAGGCCAUGGCGCGGGCCAUGUCCCACGCCGACAUGCUGAUGCCGACCACGCCGGUCAUGGACCGCCACAAGGUGACCAAGAUGCACUCCCAACCCAGUGCCUCCAAUGACUCCUACAACACGCUGAUGGUGAACCAUCACGCCAGCACGUCCAAGAGGCAGGCGUUUGCUUCCCGACGAACACACACGGUGGACCACCUACAGUACAUUCCGGGCCACCACCACACGUACCGCACUGCCAGUAAGAACGAGGUAACUGUUUAGCUCCGCCCACAGCUCGCCCCCCUGUAGAGCUCCUCCUGCUUUCUAACACAAGCUUCGACUCAUCCAGACUUUGGGAAAACCGGGAAUAAACCUGGAAAAGUUCCCGUCUUAGAGCAUCAUAAGGGCUUUGCGCGUCGACACAAAGAUCCCUGACGUCCUUCAACGCAAAAACUAUUUUUUAAACGGGACUCUGGAAUGAUCAUCUUUAUAAAUAUAUAAAUAAAUUAUAUUUACUAUUUGUAUUUUCAGUCCUUGUUAUAGCUUUAGAGAUUGUCGAUCUUGAAAUUGUCCCAUUUCAGCAUUGAAGUGGAUCUGUCGGUUAAAAAGCACAAUUCCAUCAUUUCUUGGAUUUCUUUCUCGUUUUCUUUUGGUCAACAGCCAGAACAUAUCAGCUGAUACUGUAAGUGGAAACGGGCUUCUUCUGUUCAAUAGACGAUUGUAAAUACGCUACAUUAGCAGCAUUCAAGAGGAAAAGCUGGCUUUGUUUCUCCCCAGUGGAGCCGAUUUACUGUAGAUUCCUGUUUAUUCUUUUGGAUCUUAGAUAAGUCCCCAGAUUAGAAUUAUUUCCACUGAUGUCUGCAAAUUAUGUGGAUCUAAUAUCUGUACGGGGAGUCUUCUCAAACUGUGCUUGUGCUGUUGGAAACCUUCCCUCCAUCUCAUCAUAUCAGGUACUCAGUGUUGUGGAGCAUUUUAGGACUUCAUUAAAGCAAUGCCUUACUGUACGUGAUCACGCGCUCUUAAAUCAACCAUCUUAUUGUACGUGAUCACGCUCUCUUAAAUCCACCAUCUUAUUGUACGUGAUCACAUGCUCUUAAAUCCACCAUCUUAUCGUACGUGAUCACACGCGCUCUUAAAUCCACCACCUUAUCGUACGUGAUCACACGCGCUCUUAAAUCAACCAUCUUAUCGUACGUGAUCACACGCUCUUAAAUCAACCAUCCUCCUUUUGUUUCGCCCUUUUUUAGUGGAGAUAAAGCGACCAGCAGAACCAGGGUCUGAACUCAAGCUGCUCUUUUGUGCCACUUCAUCACAGGGUGCCAAAGUCACUGCCAAAGAGGGGCGGAGCGGCAAACUGACGGGUAACGAGAGCCAGUGCCAAAACGGCAGUUCUUCCUUUGACCACUGGGGGCGCCAAACGCUCAACUUUAGAAAAGGAGGGAAAAAGGGUUUGGAAAGUUAAACGUCUCAUCAGUUUGGAUUUCAAAACUUCACUAGAAAUAAAAAUAAUCUUUUUUUCA